AUGGGGUCAGGAUGGGAGCUCGAAGACACGGACGCGACGACGGUCGAUUCCGACGAUGACGAUCUCGACGCUGCGCCGACCAAUCCUCGGCCUGCUAGAAAGAACGCAACGCCACCUCCGUCCACCGAAGCCCUUACCCCGGUUAAACAGACCUCCUCUCCUGAUAAGAAAACACGAACCCCGAUAGUGGACCUAGAAGCGCCUAGCUCGAGCGACGACAUCUCCUUAAACGAUGGCGAAGCCGCCUACAACGAGUUCAAGAACCGCAAAUCGCUCAAGCGCAAACGCAGCUCCGCGAGCGCGCGCAAGGGCAAAACACCCCGAAUGGCCGACCCAAACUCCUUCGUCGGCAGACGGCCCAGACGAGACGCAAAGACGCGACCCACGCGGCCCUGGAGGGAAUACGGCGAGGAGUUCCACUCCGACGAUGACCUGAUGGAGUAUACGCUUCCCGACUACCUGCAGAAACGGCGGGAGAAAUUCGACCGCCGAACAGAGCAUCUCAAGCAGUCGGGGUUGAAGCUGCCGCCGGACUACGACGAGGUGGAAUUCUCCGACGACGAGAGGCUGGAGUUUUUGAAGGAAAAGCCGGCAUUCAAGGAUAUCAAGCCCUGCAGCCCGUAUAAAGAUAUCACGCUGCCGUACUCGCUCGGGCUGAUUCCCGCGCCGAUCGCGCAGUGGCUGCGUCAGUAUCAGGUGGACGGCGCGGCGUUCCUGCAUGAGCUGUUUGUCUACCAGAAGGGCGGGAUCCUGGGCGACGAUAUGGGUCUGGGGAAGACCGUGCAGGUCAUUGCGUUCCUGACUGCGGCGUAUGGCAAGACGGGCGAUGAGCGGGAUGCAAAGCGCAUGCGGAAGCUCCGACGAAGUGGCCAGGAUGUGUGGUAUCCUCGAACGCUGAUCGUGUGCCCGGGCACCCUGAUCAAGAACUGGAUGGCGGAGUUCUCGCGCUGGGGCUGGUGGCAUUUUGAGGCGUAUCAUGGGGAAAACAAGGAGCUGGCCCUCCAAGCCGCGCGGUCUGGACGGCUCGAGGUCCUGAUUACGACGUACGGCACCUACCUGCACAACAAGGACGCUGUGAACAUGGUCGACUGGGACUGCGUGAUUGCGGAUGAGUGCCAUACGAUUAAAGAGCGGAGCUCAGAGACCACGAAAGCGAUGAACGUGGUCAAUGCCCUUUGCCGGAUUGGGUUGACGGGCACUGCCAUCCAGAACAAGUACGAGGAGCUCUGGACGUUACUCAACUGGACGAAUCCUGGCCGGCUGGGCCCCGUAACGGCCUGGAAGAAAACAGUCUCGGACCCUCUGCGGAUCGGACAAUCCCAUGACGCUACGGUCCACCAGCUCAGCAGGGCUCGGAAAACGGCAAAGAAACUGGUGGAAAACCUGCUGCCCCAGUUCUUCCUGCGGCGAAUGAAGACAUUGAUUGCCGGCCAGCUUCCGAAGAAAAUCGAUCGGGUUGUCUUCUGUCCGCUGACAGAUACUCAGGCGGACGCCUACGCCAACCUCCUGAGCAGCGACAUGGUCGACUACAUCAAGACCGCCUCGGAAGCGUGCGACUGCGGUUCAGGCAAGAAGGCGGGCUGGUGCUGUCGGCAGUAUUUGCCUUCUGGAAUCCGCUGGCAGAACUAUGUGUUUCCUGCGAUCGCCGUGCUGCAGAAACUGAGCAAUCACCUGGCCAUUCUGAUUCCGCAGGGAGUGGACUCCAACGAAAAGCAGGACAAAGACAGGGACAUGCUGGAGAUUGCGGUGCCGGACCAGUGGGAGCAGCUGUACCGCACUCGAGACUCGAUCGUCAACUACGCCAACCCCGAGUUCUGCGGCAAAUGGAAGGUGCUUCGCCGUCUGCUCAAGUGGUGGCACGCCAAUGGCGACAAGGUCCUGGUCUUCUCGCACAGCGUGCGGCUGCUGAAGAUGCUGCAGAUGCUGUUCCACUACACGAGCUACAACGUCAGCUACCUCGACGGAUCCAUGAGCUACGAGGAACGGGCCAAAGCCGUGGAUGAAUUCAACUCGGACCCCCGACAGUUCGUCUUCCUCAUCUCCACGCGAUCCGGCGGCGUCGGCCUGAACAUCACCUCCGCCAACAAAGUCGUCGUCGUCGACCCCAACUGGAACCCGUCGCACGACCUCCAGGCGCAAGACCGAGCCUACCGCAUUGGCCAGUCGCGAGACGUCGAGGUUUUCCGGCUCAUCUCCGCCGGCACCAUCGAGGAGAUCGUGUACGCGCGCCAGAUCUACAAGCAGCAGCAGGCGAACAUCGGCUACAACGCCAGCUCCGAGCGCCGCUACUUCAAAGGCGUGCAGGAGAAAAAGGACCAAAAGGGCGAGAUCUUCGGCCUGUCCAACCUCUUCGAGUACCAGAACAACAACAUCGUCCUCCGCGACAUCGUCAACAAGACCAACGUCGCUGAAAGCCGCGCCGGCGUGCAGGUCAUGGACAUCGACAUCGACACAGAUGAAGACCACCCCCAGCACCCAGACGACCUGUCUGACUCCAAACCCCGCACUAAAAACCAAGACGACGAAGUCAUGUCCCAACUCGCCGCCAUGAUCCGCGGCGACCCCGACUCCACCUCCACCUCAACCACCAACACCAGCAACCCCAUCGCCCGCACCCAAAAGCACGACCCCAUCCAAGCCAUCCUCACCGGCGCCGGCGUCGAAUACACACACCUGAACAACGAAGUCAUCGGCUCCUCAAAAGUCGAGGAGCGCCUGAGCCGUCGCGCCCAGAUGGCCGGCGAAAGCAGCGGCGUCGCCGGCGACGAGCACGUCUUUCACGACGGAGACGGAGGCGCCUCGCAAGAAAGCCAGGCCGCUGCCUUCGCGCAGACGACGAAGGACGGCCAUCCAGUUCGCUUCCGCCACCGGCCGCCGGAGGAUGUCAUGAAGCGCCAGUUCUGCAGCAUGGCGAGACGGUUUGGGUUUCCGAGCGCGACGGAGUUUGCGCUCGUGGUGGAGGGCAUGACGCAGGCGCAGAGGCGCGCUUGUUUGGAGAGGUGGUAUCGCGAGAGGAGGGAGGUUGUUCUUGGGGGUUAG